UUCUGCGCAAGCUCACGGGAAGCGCUCGCUAACUCGGCUUCCGGAGAGGGUUUUCUCUGGCUGUCGGUGGCGUGGGGACUGGCAAACUUUGGAGCCCGGCCGUAGCUGCGUGCGGGGUCGGUGGACUUGGAGGAGGUGAUAUUUAUUAGAAGAAAAGAUGGCUACUCUUCUGUUCAAUUCAGUUGCCGGUGGAUUAACAUGUACUGAAGCUCUCAAUUUGGAAUAAAUAUGAGCAAGUUCCGUGACGAAUUGAAAAGGCUUGCUGUGGCAGAGCAUGACAAGAGAGAAGCUUCUGUGUUAUCUAAUCCUGGGAUGCAUUUCCCAUGGCUUCAGGAGCGCAUAGAAACCGUGGUGACCGGAGGGAAGAAGAAGAGGGGUUUUACUCAGACAACAAGUGCUUGUUUAAGCUUCAUCCAAGAAGCCCUGCUGAAGCACCAGUGGCAGCAAGCUGCAGACUAUAUGCACAGCUACUUACAGACUCUGGAAGACUCAGACACCUUCAAGAGACAAGUCGCCCCCGAGAUCAUUUGGAAGCUUGGAAGUGAAAUUCUAUUUUAUCAUCCUAAAAGCAAUGUGGAGACUUUUAAUAACUUUGCUGACCGGAUGAAAAAUAUUGGCGUCUUGAACUAUUUAAAGAUCUCCUUACAACACGCGUUGUAUCUUUUACAUCACGGAAUGCUGGAGGAUGCAAACAGAAACCUCACUGAUGCAGAGGCAUGGCGGUACGGUGAAAAGUCGUCCUCUCAGGAAGUGCUGAUAAACCUUGUUCAGGCCUACAAAGGGCUUUUACAGUACUACACGUGGUCCAGGAAGAAGAUGGAGCUGUCAGAGCUGGAUGAGGAUGAUUAUGCUUACACCGCAAAAACUCAGCACAUGCUCAGCCAGAGCUGCAAGACGUCUGCAAGUAUUUCUGCGCUGCUCAAAACUCCCGGGGUUUGGGACCCUUUCGUGAAGAGUUAUGUGGAGAUGCUAGAAUUCUAUGGUGAUCAAGAUGGAGCCCGAGAAAUACUCACCAAUUAUGCGUAUGAUGAAAAGUUUCCCUCAAACCCCAAUGCCCACAUCUACUUAUAUGAAUUUCUGAAGAGAGAGAAGGCACCAAGAGCGAAACUGAUAAGUGUUCUUAAGAUUUUACAUGGGAUUGUACCAUCCCAUCCACUGAUGUUAGAAUUCCAUACGAUGCUUAGGAAAUCAGAGACAGAAGAACACCGGAAGCUGGGCUUGGGCGUAUUAUUUGAAUUCCUUGAUUUUGCUGGAUGCACUAAGAACAUAACUGCCUGGAAAUACUUGGCAAAGUAUCUGAAACAGACAUUGAUGGAAAGCCAUCUGGCGUGGGUCGAAGAAGAGUGGAAAUCUAGGAGAAGCUGGUGGCCGGCCUUUCACUUCAGCUUCUUUUGGGCAAAGAGCGACUGGAAGGCAGAUGCUGAUUUAGCUUAUGAGAAAGCUUUUGUAGCGGGAAUCCUUUUAGGAAAAGGUUGUAGAUAUUUUCGAUAUAUUUUGAAACAAGACCAUGAAACCUUGAAGAAGAAAAUUAAGCAGAUGAAGAAGUCUGUGAAAAAAUAUAGUAUUGUAAAUCCAGGUGUUCCCACCUAGAUGGUAAGCUGCUUUGCAGCUGUUACCACAGUGUGGUGCUUAGUGGUUAUUGAAUGUGAGUGGCUGAUGUUUUAAGAUGGCUUUUCAAAUUAUUAUAAGCGUGUGUAUACACACGUGUAUAUGCACAUGUGUACAUGUCAGCCGUGUCGUGUCCUUCCUCAGGAGCCUUGCUUUGAGACAGGUCUCUCACUGAGACCCGGCACUCACCUCUUAGGCUGGUUGACCAGUGUGUGCCAGGGAUUCUUCUUAGCUCUGGGGUUAUAAUUGUAAUUUAUUCAUUCAUUCGUGUGUGUGUGUUUAUGUGUGUAUGCGUGUGCAGAUGACUGGGCAUGAGUGUGGUGGAGAAUGACUUGCAGGAGUGGUUGCUCCUUCCUCGUGUAGGUCUCAGGGACCGACUGUGGCAGUAAGAGUGGCAAGUGACCCUGUCCACUGAAUGGAUCUUGUCAGCCCUGUGCACAGCUCCCGUGUGGGUGCUGUAUUCAACUCGUGUCUUAGUGGGCUACUUCCCUGGCCCUUUAUUUAAUUAUUCUUUUAAAUAAUUUAUUUUUAUUUUACAUGCAUUGCUGUUUUGCUUGCAUACUUUUUUGUGUGAGGGUGUCAGAGUCCGUGGAACUGGAGUUACAGACAGUCGUGAGCUGCCACAUAGGUACUGGUAAUUGAACCCAGGUCUUCUGGAAGAGCUGAGCCUUCUUUCCAGCCCCCUAUUUCUAUGUUUUUUAUAUUUCAUUUUAUUCUCAGUUAUAGUUAAAAUAAUUUCACUGCCUUUACUGUUUGUAAAUGUAUAUACCUGUAUUUUUCUUUUUGGUAAUAUUACAUGUAUGUUUUACUUGUAUUUUAAUAAAUAAAGCUUGCCUGAAAAUCUGACAGUAAAACUGCCCCACUGACCAGCCUUAUCGACCAGGCCAUGGUGAGACGCACCUUUAAUCACAGUAGCCACACUAGUUUGCCAUAGUAAUGGGAUAGCAGUGUUGCACACCUUUAAUCCCAGCCCUAGAGAGGAAUAUAAGAUGGGAGGAGACAGUU